AUGGGCUCGACCGACUUUGGCAAGUUCAAUGACUUUUGCAAAGAUUCCACCUUACCCGUCUGCAAUCUUUUGUCGCCAGAUCACGAUCAAGAUGGACCCUGGCGAGGCUGUCAACUGACGGGCAUUUCGCUGAGCAAUGGCCGCCACCUGGGCAACCUCGGCUCUAUUCUGCUGUGCGGCGUCGCAAUUGCCGUCGCCGCCUUGUUGUUGUUAAAAUCAGACAAAAAGCGGGCAGCGGUAGGCCGACGGGAAAUGCAAUUGUUCCUCGUCGGCUACAUCAUCGUGAGCAUAUGCGAAAUCUUUUCCGUCGGCGUCUUUCCGCUUGACGGCAGUGUCAGAAUCGCCUUCUCUGCCAUUCACCUUGGCAUGAUCAUCGCCACCACUUGGAUCUUGAUGCUCAACGCUGUCGUAGGCUACCAGCUGAUCGACGACGGCACGCCCAUGUCCGUGAGCCUAAUGAUCGCCUCGGCGGCAGCCUUACUCAUCGGCACUGGAUACAUUGCCCUCGACACGGGCUAUAGCUGGACCGGCUACUGGGAUAGCAGCUACAAUCUCCCGAACCGACAUGUUUCCCUUUACGUCCUGUACCAGCUGGCGCCGCUCAUCUUCCUCGUGGCCUUUUACGUUCUCGAGACCAUCCUCGUGCUGCGGGUGCUCGGGGAGGUCCGGCCCAUGUUGUUUCUGACUGGCGCCGCUGUCGUCUUUGCCCUUGGCCAGAUCUUCAACUACGCCAUCAGCAGAUACAUCUGUGAAGGAACCAGCGGCAGGAUCGAUGGCGCUCUCUUCCAGACACUCUUCACCUUGGUCUCGGUAGUUCUGGUAUGGACUUUUUGGUCGAGCAUCACCGAGGAUGACUGGCCGAUGCAGACGACGAGCACGUACCCAUAA